AUGACUUCGCGAUUGAUAUUCUUCGCGUUUUGCUCGCUACUCGCCGCCGUCGGCCGUGCCCAGUCCGGCGACGCGGCGGCGAUGCUGGAAUUGAGGAAGAGCCUUACCGGGUUGGGUCAACUCGGCUGGACUGGCCCGGACCCGUGCGCCUGGAAACAAGUUCAGUGCUCCAGGGGUGACGGGCGGGUCACCAGGAUCCAAAUUGGGAACCAGAAUCUGAGAGGGACUCUCCCCCCGAGCCUCAACAACCUAACUUCUCUUCAGGUUUUCGAGGUCCAGGGCAACCAACUCACUGGGUCACUGCCGAGUCUCUCCGGGUUGAGCUCGCUCCAGUCCCUUCUGCUCAGCAACAACAAUUUCACUUCAAUUCCCGCGGAUUUCUUUGACGGUAUGACCUCGUUACAAGAUGUUUACUUGGAUUACAAUCCCCUCGAAUCCUGGGCUAUUCCGGACGGUCUUAGGAACGCCUCUACUAUGCAAACGUUUUCGGCAACCUCGACUAAUAUCAUCGGGCCUUUGCCCGAUUUCUUUGGGCCCGAAACGUUUUCGAGCUUGACUACUCUACGAUUAGCGUUUAAUAAUCUGGAGGGCCCCUUGCCCUCUGCGCUCGCGGGCUCUUCGGUGCAAUCGCUGUGGCUCAAUGGACAGAAAGGCCAAAAAUUGAAUGGUUCUCUUGCCAUUCUGCAGAACAUGACUGAAUUGACUGAGGUUUGGCUACAUGGAAAUAGGUUUACUGGGCCGUUGCCGGAGUUCUCGGGCCUCACUCAGCUGCAGAAUUUGAGUUUGAGGGAUAAUAGCUUGACAGGCCCUGUCCCAGACUCCUUGGUGAAGUUGGAUUCUCUUAGAGUGGUCAACUUGACGAAUAAUCUUCUCCAAGGGAAAACUCCUAAAUUUGGUGAUGGAGUACAGGUGGAUAUAUCCAAGGACACAAACAGUUUCUGCCUGAAUGAUCCCGGUGUAGAAUGUGAUGCACGGGUGAGUGUUUUGCUUAGUGUAGCAAGUGGGUUCGGGUAUCCAGUCACCCUUGCCGAGAGCUGGAAAGGGAACGACCCAUGUGCUUCUCCAUGGAAAGGGAUCACAUGUAGCAAUGGGAAUAUCAGUGUGGUGAACUUACAUGGACUGGGACUCAGUGGCAUUAUCUCCCCUAGUUUUGCAGAGAUCAAGUCUCUUCAAAGACUUAUUUUGUCGAACAAUAACUUGACUGGUACCAUUCCAAGCCAGUUGGCUACCCUGCCCCACCUCACCAUAUUGGAUGUCUCAAGCAAUCAAAUUUACGGACAUCCUCCACCUUUUGGGGCUAAUGUGGAUGUCAUUACUUUAAACAAUCCAAAUUUUGGCAAGGAUGUCCCACCUCCUGGCACGCCCAGUGCAAAUGGAAGUUCAGACUUGAAUAACGACGGAUCAGGAAAUAGCAAUGGGGGGAAAUCCUCUACUGGGGUGGUUGUCGGGUCUGUAGUUGGUGGAGUUUGUGUUCUUGUCUUUGCAGGAGCUCUAGUUUUCUGCCUCUACAGGACCAAACAACGAAAGAGGAAUGGGAGGGUUCAGUCUCCUCAUGCUAUGGUCAUACACCCUCGUCACUCGGGCUCGGAGGAUGCCGUGAAGAUCACCAUAGCUGGUUCGAGCAUCAACAGUGGCGGGCUGAGCGAGACCCAAAGCCAUGUGAGUAGCGGGCCCAGCGACCUCCACAUUGUGGAGGCUGGCAACAUGGUGAUCUCGAUCCAAGUUUUGCGAAAUGUGACAAACAACUUCAGUGAGCAGAACAUACUUGGUAGGGGCGGGUUUGGAACUGUUUAUAAAGGCGAAUUGCACGAUGGGACUAAGAUUGCCGUUAAGAGGAUGGAAUCCGGUGUGAUGAGUGAAAAGGGUUUGGACGAGUUCAAAUCCGAGAUUGCUGUGCUUACUAAAGUUAGGCACAGGCAUUUGGUGGCGCUCUUGGGUUACUGCUUGGAUGGAAAUGAGAGGCUGCUUGUUUACGAGUAUAUGCCUCAGGGGACCCUCAGCAGGUUCUUGUUUGACUGGAAGGAAGAAGGUUUGAAGCCUCUCGAGUGGACGAGAAGGCUAACAAUUGCUCUGGAUGUUGCUAGAGGAGUCGAGUACCUCCAUGGUUUGGCUCAGCAGAGUUUUAUUCAUAGGGAUCUUAAACCGUCCAACAUACUUUUGGGAGAUGAUAUGAGGGCUAAGGUAUCUGACUUUGGACUUGUUCGGCUUGCUCCUGAUGGGAAAAACUCUGUUGCUACUAGGUUGGCUGGUACUUUUGGCUAUUUAGCACCAGAAUAUGCAGUGACGGGUCGGGUGACAACCAAGAUUGACGUGUUCAGCUUUGGGGUGAUCCUGAUGGAGGCUAUCACAGGGCGCAAGGCCCUCGACCAGAACCUCCCGGACGAGCAGCAACACCUCGUCCCGUGGUUCCGCCGCAUGCUUAUCAACAAGGACACCUUCCGGAAGGCCAUCGACCCCACUCUCGACCUCGAUGAAGACACACUUGCAUCCAUCUCCACGGUGGCCGAGCUUGCGGGCCACUGCACAGCCCGCGAGCCCCACCAGAGACCCGACAUGGGCCAUGCGGUUAACGUGCUCUCGGGCCUGGCCGAGCUCUGGAAGCCAUCUGAGCCUGCCGACCCGGAUGAUAUCUACGGUAUUGACUACGACAUGACUCUCCCUCAGGCCCUCAAGAAGUGGCAGGCCCUCGAGAGCUUUGAUGGGUCCUCUUCUUACAUUGGGAGUAGUGAUAAUACGCAGACGAGUAUACCGACUCGACCCUCGGGCUUUGCUGAUUCGUUUACGUCGGCUGAUGGCCGAUGA